AUGCCUGCUGCCAUGGCGCCCAUGUCCACCACGACGCCUGGCAUGCUUGGGGCCGGCACGGCCAAAACCAGGCCGUCCAUGCCUCGCAGCAAUCACCAUGGAGCCGGUCCUGAUCCUGAAUUCGACCUUGUCCACGCCGACAAUCGUCCUUCGCUGGCCCGACAUCCGCACCGCCAAUAUCGUCCCUCGUCGACGUUGCCGUCUGCUCGGCCUGCAAUUUUAAAGCGCGGACCCCCGGCGGCUGUUGCGGCGGCUGCGGCUGCGGCGGCGUCGGCGUCCUCCUCGUCCUCGUCCUCGCCCCCCUCUCAACCGCUCCGCCUGCACCACAACUCCCCUGGCCAGCUGCUCGCCCCCUCGCCAGCGUUGCCCAAUCCCGUGCCCGAACAGCGACCGGCCCCAUCCACAUCCGUCCCAGACAACAUCGCAAACACGGACGCUGUAGCAGACGCGGACAGAGACGCAGACUCAACACGUCGUCUCUCUUCGCCCUCUGCUGUACCGCCGUCGACCAACUCUCCACUGCGAGCGGCCGCGCGCUCUCGGCCAUCAUCGUACCACGCCUCGCCCCAGCCUGCGACUUCGUCGUCAUCACCUCGUGCAGAUUGCUACACCCCCGCCCAACGGGAGCGUCCCGCAUCGUCUCCCGAGUCGGAACCCGACAACGCCCACCAAACCGCCCCGUCGUCGGUCUCUGGAACCCCUAGCUAUCCGAGUCAUCGUGGACCUGCUUCCCACAGCUCAAACGGCGUCUCAACUCCUGACGGCCCGCCGCCGUCCAUCAAUACACAACACCCUGACGGCGUUGAGGCUGCGGGCAGAACCACGGCCCUGUCGCAGCCUUGGCCUGAAACGACAAGGACCGACAUCACGCGAGGUCGACGAGAGUUGCUGCUGCCCAAGCGGCUCUCCGGGUCCAGCUCAUCAGAUGACAGCCAGCGUCUGCCACCUCGAACCCCGCCGGUUUCCUUCAGAGAACGGAACAAGCGAGACAGCAUACAGCCUGCCCCCGGCCGAGUGCCGCCAAUACGGUCACUCCGCUCAUCAGGUUCCCGCUCAUCGGCUUCUCGAAAGAGCCCAACGCAGGAUAUGAAUCCCUCACCUCGCCCCCACGACUUGGGCGAACUUUAUGCAUCUUCCCCCGAAGGUCAGACGACGCAGAACUUUGAAGACAGACAUGUUCCAGAGGGUGUUUCCGUCAAUAACCUUAACCUUGACCCUGGUCGACAAGAUGAUGGGGGAGAUGUCUAUUUGGCGAUAGCUACAGACGACCAGGCGCGCCGUCUGCCAAGGGACGAGAAUCUGGACGAUACCCAAUCCUCCGUUUCCGGAAUCAGGCGGUCCUCCCAUCGCCGCCCUCUGUCGACUGUUGUUCCUUCGCAUCAUCUCACGUCGCCUCCAAGAUCGAGGAGACGAUUGUCUGAUCAGUACGACAGACCUCGCCCAAUGCAUCUGGAGGACGACCAAGAGAGUGAAAUCUCUCGCAACACCACGUUUCGCUCACUAGCCCGAGAGAAGGCUGCCUCUGUUCAUCCCGGCGAGGAGAUUCUUCGGACACGCCCUGGUGGUGUAGCCCCCCUUCGCCCAUCACCUCUUUCAGCACGAUCCGCAGUUGGUUAUGAUAGUAGCAGCCAGGAGGGAAGCACCUACGCACGCAGGCGUGCGUCAAUAACGGAUAGUCAUUCGACGGUGGGCCGAACACCCGGUUCCAGACCAUCUGGACUCACCCAGGGCCGGAAUUGCGGCUCAUCUCCUCUGGCCAGGACGAUUGACCUUCAAAACAAGACCGGACCUGACGUCGUUCACGGACUCGAGGGGACGGAAUCCACAGCUUCAACAACAGCGCCUUCGACUGUUUGGGAUGAGCUAGAUGAUCUCAAGUCGCGAAUCAACCGGCUCGAGUUGACGGGAAAGCUGCCGUCCACGUCUGGAGCGGCCGUCUCUAGAAUGUCCGAGGAGCGACCAACUACUGCUACUACGACGGUAACGACCCUUUCCGGAUCUCCCAAACGACAGGUCAAUUGGCAGGCCGCUGAAGCGUCGAGCACCACGUCCUCUCAAAGGGAGGCACACCCCAUUCUUCAUGCAGCGUUACUCAGAUCAAGGCCGUUUUUGAGUCUGGAAGUUUAUCAAGCGCUGGAGUCAGCUGCCAACGACGCCAUGACGUUGUCAUCAAUAAUGGGUGCCCCAGGCCAACCAGGCCCGAUAUCUAGUGCUGCGAGUGUGAUUGGGACAGGAAGCCCGGCAGUCACUGACCGACAACUACGAAGAAAAGCCGAUUCCGUCUGUCGAAGUCUGACGGAACUGUGCGUGGCGCUUGGGGAAGGGAUAGGCUCUGCAAACUUUGCAGGCCCAGCUAGUCCGCGCAUUUUGGCUCAACACGACGGACCUGCAACGCCCACGAUCCCAAAGUCCUACAGUGGCUUGCCCACUCCACGGCGACUAAGCGUGGCCGAACACGGGAUACCGAAGUCCGUCAGCAGCCCGAGACCAUUGUCUAGAUUUGAAGAGCGGCGAAGCUCUAUUCUGAAUGGGACGGCCUUGCCUACGCCGCGCGCCACAGGCUCAGCGCCCAUGACGCCCAUGGAGGGCAGUGCUCAGCGAAGGUCGUCCCUCAUGAUAUCGCGGACUCGGCGAGCUGGCACUGAAGAAGCGGAGUAUGUUCGAUCACCGACAGUGUUGCGAUCUCGACGGGCGAGAACCGAAGAACCAGAGGAAGGCCGGCAAACGUCGUUCUUGAGAAAUCGUCGGGGCACGGUCGGCGAUGAUGCAGACGAAGGAAGAUUUCGACCACCCUCCAGAGCUGGUACAGACGUCAACAUGCUCAGAGACGCUGGACGAGAAUAUGCAUCAGACCUGCAAUCCAUGGCGCCCGACGACGGCUCCUCCUCGCAGAUUGCUUCAGCACUCCCACGUCGCAGAUACUUGUCGACAAACCUUCAUUUCUCCCGUCUUGCAGGAUCUCAGGGGACCAGCAUUGCGCCGCCGAGAAGGUACAAUGAUCGACAGGUGGGAGACCAGGACGUCGGUGACCCUGCGAGAGAUUCACGAGUCCCAAGACAAGGCCCGCCCCUGAGCAAAGGAAUCAUUCACAGCCGGGCUAGCAGUCUCAGCACUCGGAGAAACCGAGACAGUGUGUUUCCGACCAGCUCAGACGCCGCAACCGCGCCCUAUAGAUGA